CACCCUGGCUGUGAUAGGGGGAGGUUGUGUCGCCUCCUGCUCCACCCUCUCACUUGGCAACCCAAUUCCUGCCCAAAAUUGGUUGAAUUUCCCUAAAUUGGUCGUUUUUAAGGGGGUUGUGGACGGUAAUGAGGCGAGAGGGAGGUGGAUUGCCGGAGUUGAUGUGAAACCCGUUAGCGGAGGUUUAAUUUCCCGUGUAGCGGAGGUUUAGAACCUCCCUGGACCAACUGGUAGAUCAACCAGGUUGUUGGUGGAUCAUGCGGCACAAGGAGGGUUGCUCAGCGCCUCCCGCAGGCAUGAUCAAGGUCCGCAAAGCCUCCUACUACGUGUGGUUCCUGGGCGCGGAGGAAUGCCGCGGCUUGCGGGGCGCGGAAUGCGUGCGUCCUGUCGUCCAGUACCUAAUUAACCGCGAGAGGACGCAGGAACCUGACAAGGUGACGCUUCAGGUGUCCAGCAGGGGUAUUAAGCUCCUGCAGACGAGCAGCGGCAGUAGGAACACCAUCAAACACUUUAUGCCUGCGUCAGCAGUCACCUACGUCCAGCAGGAAGGUCCUGCUGACGAUGACAUAGUGUCAGCCAUCCUGCUGAUCUAUAAUCCGCUGACUAGGUGCCCGGUUCAUGUACAUACUUACCGCUGCGACUCGACGGAGACCGCAGGGCUCCUGCGUGACCAUCUGGCGCAGCUGGUGGAGCAGCCGGAGCAGCAGGCUAAGCUUGCGGCUUUGGAGGCACGGCUGGCCGCACGUGGGCUCCUCCCGCCGCCGUCAGCGGUCAGCCGUGCCUCUGACGGCGCAUCAACGGGGUCAUCCGCAUCUUCCGGCGGCGGGGGAAGCUGCGGUCGGUCGCCUCCUGCGGUUCCCGCGGCUGCGGGAACCGCAAUGGCCACACUUUACGACUCACUAGCGGCAGAGCUGCGGGAGAAGCUUAGCGGCAGGGGGGCGCCGCUCCUUUUGCCCCCCAAGGACUACGACACCUUCAACCGCAGCCGCGGGCGGGUACCCGAUACCCGCAGCCGCCCACAGCCGCCCGCAGCCGCCCGCAAGUCGCAAGAAGAUGAUUCCGCCAGGUCGUCAGGGAUCGGUAGCGAUGACGCGCCCUCCCCUACCCAGGACCGGGAGCUAGAGCCUGUCGAUAACCAGUCAUCCUCAGGUCAGUAA